CUUCCCCAGCAGACCGACCAGCGCCAAAAGGGCGCCAUGGCUGCCGCCGAAGCGCUGCCGUCGCUGCCGGGGGGCAAAGUGCACUUCAAGGCCUCCACAGAGUGGCAGGAGGUGUUCUCCCACCACGUGCUGCCGAAUGGUUUGGAGGUGCGCUUUGACCUCUCGGCCGGCCGGAACUUCGCGCGGCUGCCGGCGGGGGUGAAGGUCUUGGGCCACGACUUCUCGGACCAGGCGGCGGUGCAGAAGCUGCUCUGCGAGGCGGCCACCUGGGGGCAGCAGGACCGCCUGGAGAAGACGCUGACGAGCUGCUUCUUCCGGCCGGAGGAUCUGGGCCAGCCGCUGGCGGAGGCGGCCAGCCGGGGGCACCUGGAGGUCUGCAAGGCGCUGCUGGCGGCGCGGGCGGACCCCUUGACCAAAGGGCCCAAGGGGGUGACGCCGCUGCACCGCACCGCCAUGGAGGGCCACGAGGAGGUGGCCGCUCUGCUGCUGCAGCGGUGCAAGGACCUGGGCCACGAGGCCUUGACGGUGCAGGACGACCUGGGGCGGACCUGCCUGGAUGCGGCAGAGGAGCAGGACCUGCACGCCAUGGCCCGGCGCCUCCGGAAGUCCUUCGCCUGAGCUUCCAACGGCUUCUGCGAGGUUUUGAGCGCGCCUGGGUCCGCGCGCGCGCGCGUACGCACGCCGCUGCGGAGAAGUGACGCAUGUA